AUGGACACCGGUGAUGUACAAGUACAACAUCAACCGUCCACUCAAGACCCAAUAAGGCAACCUUGGAGCAAUAAUAAUUCAAAUAGUAAACAAAAUGGUAAAAAUUUAAAUUUAAUAAAUGUUGAGUAUUCUCAAAAUUCAACUAAAAUUAAUGGAACAAAGUCUUCUAUCACUACUCCAAAAAUUUCUCAAAAUUUUAUUGCUCAGCCAAAAUCUGUCACUUUUAUCAAUAAAAAUAGUUCACAACUAAACUCAUCAAAAUCUUCUCCAUUACCAUCAUAUAAUAAUAAUAAUAAUUUAUCAAAAAGUCCUCCUAAAAGUAACAAAAAUAUUAUUACUACUGUACAACAAAAAACAACAAACUACAAUAGAUCUAUUCCAAAACCACUUAAUUUAUCAAAAACAACCCAAUUUCAAAAUUUAGCAAGAGCACCACAGACUGCUACUUUUCCACAAAAAAUAAAUAGAAGUUAUAACCUUCUAAAUCCUCCUAAAACUGCCACUUUUCCAAAACAUUCUAAUGGAUUUCCAAAAGAUAUCAGACAACCCACUUUAAGGCUUCCUACUACUUCUCCCUCAACAACAAAUAAUUCUCAACAUGCUUACACCCUAAUGUGUAAUGAGCAAUAUCUAAAUGCUUUGGAGCUAACAAGAAAUAGAAACUAUAAUUCUAAUUCAAUACCUGUUAGAUUCACUACAGCUAAUUGUCAUCAAGUUGAACCAAGCCCUGAAUAUAUUAGCCCCUCAACUUCAGCUAGUAAUUUACACCAACAACAAUGUUCUAAUAUAGUUCCAGCUACAAAAGAUGAAAGACGUAAAAGUGUGUUUGGCGGACCAAUGAAAAUCCACCCAGAUGCAAUUCUUCCUAUUCGUCAACCCAAAGGGCCUGAAAUGUCAAAAAAUUUUGCUACUAGAAUUCGUCGUAAAGCUGUUAGCAAGCUUCAUGCUGCUGCAGCUAACAGAAGGAGAAAGUCCGCAGCUGAUAGAAGAAAAUCUGCGAUGUUUUAA